UUUAUAUAAGGAGCGCCCUAAAAAAAGAGGGAAAAGCUAAGGCGGUCGGAGACAUUUCGCUCACGCGUUCUUGAAUAAGAUUAGGGUUUCUGCUUCUUCCGACGUUCUCGUUUCUUUCUUCCCAACGACGACGUCUCCUCCAUCCGUCCCGGGGUUUGAAGUGGUGCUCGUCAGGGUGCAAUCUUCUGGGGUGGGUAGCUGCGUCGAUCUGUUUCGUUCUUGAAGACCUAAGUUGAAAAAGGAUCCGGAUUUGCUUCCCGAAUUAUGCGAUCUUCGUGGGCCGAUGCAGUCGCGAACGCCGAGACCUCGGCAGCCGCGGCCAGCGCCUCUCCGAAUAACGUUGCCCCCGUCGCCGUAGGCCCCUCCCGCGGUGGUCGCGCUGCCUACGUCCCUCCUCAUCUUCGCAACCGUCCGCCGUCCGUUGAGUCUCCGGCGUUGCCCCUUGCCGACGGCCCAUCGGGCGCUAGGCAACCACCUGCAUCUGGUGCCCUGCCUGCCGGUGGAAACCGAUGGGGCGGUGGCCCCAUCCGUGAUGUUGCUCGCCCUGGCUUUGGUGGCGGCAGAGGUGGAGGCGGUGGUUGGCACUCCCGGAGGGAGCAGGAGGCCAACCCUUUUGCGAACGAUGAUGAGACCACCGAGGAGGUAUUCGAUAGCCAGGAGAAUUCUGGUAUCAACUUUGACGCCUACGAGGACAUCCCUGUAGAGACGAGCGGUGACAAUGUGCCUCCACCAGUGAAUACAUUUGCUGAGAUUGAUCUGGGCGAUGCGCUGAAUGAGAACAUCAGACGGUGCAAGUAUGUGAAGCCUACCCCUGUCCAGCGCUACGCAAUCCCGAUUUCACUCAUGGGUCGGGACCUGAUGGCCUGUGCUCAGACAGGUUCGGGAAAGACGGCAGCUUUUUGCUUUCCGAUCAUAAGUGGGAUCAUGAGAGGACCGCCUGCACAGAGGCAAAGAGGAUCGAGGACUGCUUAUCCACAUGCACUAAUUUUAUCACCGACCCGUGAACUGUCCAUUCAAAUACACGAGGAGGCUAGGAAGUUUGCCUAUCAGACUGGUGUCAGGGUCGUCGUUGCCUAUGGUGGGGCUCCAAUCAAUCAGCAGUUGCGAGACUUGGAAAGGGGUGUUGACAUUCUUGUGGCAACUCCUGGUCGUCUAGUGGAUCUGCUUGAGCGAGCUAGAGUUUCAUUGCAACAUAUUGGAUAUUUGGCUCUAGAUGAGGCUGACAGAAUGCUCGAUAUGGGCUUUGAGCCACAAAUUCGAAGAAUUGUCGAACAAAUGGACAUGCCGCCAUGUGGUCAAAGGCAGACUAUGCUGUUCAGUGCCACAUUUCCAAAAGAAAUACAGAGAUUGGCUUCUGAUUUCCUUUACAAUUACAUCUUUCUUGCUGUUGGAAGAGUUGGUUCUAGUACUGAUUUGAUUGUUCAAAGAGUGGAGUUUGUACUUGACUCGGACAAAAGAAGCCACCUUAUGGACCUACUCCAUGCCCAAAGAGACAGUGGUGCCCAUGGAAAACAAGCUCUAACUUUGGUCUUUGUUGAGACAAAAAGAGGAGCUGAUUCAUUGGAACACUGGCUUUGUACUAAUGGGUUUCCUGCAACCACUAUUCAUGGGGACAGGACUCAGCAGGAAAGAGAACAGGCUCUGAGAUCUUUUAAGAGCGGUGCAACUCCAAUUCUUGUUGCAACAGAUGUUGCAGCCCGUGGGUUGGACAUUCCCCACGUGGCACAUGUUAUCAAUUUUGACCUCCCCAAUGACAUUGAUGAUUAUGUGCACCGUAUUGGAAGGACUGGCAGAGCUGGAAAGACUGGUCUGGCCACUGCCUUCUUCAAUGAGAGUAACUCAUCCUUGGCGAGGUCAUUAUCUGAGCUCAUGCAAGAAGCAAACCAGGAGGUGCCACAGUGGCUCUCCCGCUUUGCUGCAACCCGUUCUUAUGGUGGUGGUGGUGGUGGUAGAAACCGGAGAUCUGGUGGAGCCCGCUUUGGUGGUCGUGACUUCAGGAGAGAACCCUCUAGCAAGGGCGGGGGAGGAGAUUAUUAUGGUGGAGGCAGCAGUGGAUAUGGAGGAGGAUCAUAUGGGGCGUCUUCAGGUUACGGGGGUGGAUAUGGCAGUUCAGGGGUGACAAGUGCUUGGGAUUAGUAUGGUCCAUGUUCACCCUUUUUCCAUGAAUACAAUUUUAAUAGGUUUCCAUACUUGUAGGAUUAAUUUAGUAACUAUUCCAUUGGUGUUUUCUGCUCAUUCAAUAUUCUCUCUUCUACUAAUUGGUUCCCCGCUGCAGGAAGGGAUGUGUGGUUGCCGUUUGGAUGUUGAGUUCUAAUUUUGGGUCUCUUUUUUUUAUUUUCUUUUUUUCUUUUUUCCAUCCUCGUUGAAUCAGUGGGAAGGUGUAUCAUGUUUGGGGCUGCUAUUUUCAUCUAAAAAAAACAUGGUGUUUUUGGCUGUUUAAGCAGUGGGGAAUCAAACAAGAGCAAAGAGUUUGGCUUUUCUACA